UCGGGCCUUCAUCCUUGGGUGUGUGUGUCCUCGAUUCAAGUGUGGAGCGGGAACGCGAUUGACCGGCUCGUGAUCACCUACAAGGACGGCCACGAAGUCACGCACGGCGAUAACAGCGGCGGGAGCGCCAGUGAGACCUUCAACGUUGGUUCAAGCUACAUUACCAAGGUGUCGAUUCGAUCGGGGAACGUGGUUGAUCAGCUCCAGUUCGAGCUCGCUGAUGGAAGAAAGUCGGCAGUCUACGGAGGCAAUGGAGGCGAUGCGCACUCUUGCCAGGCUCCCGAGGGUACCGCAAUCGUUUCUUUCUUCGGAGGUGCCGGGAACUCUCUCGAUCAAAUUGGGUGCUAU